AUGGACUCAGUUCGCACUGCCAACGUUCGUGCCUAUGUGGACAGUUCCUGCCUCAACCCAGGCAUGACUUCUGAUGAAUUGCGAUACGGCAAGCAGCAGCUCGUUGAAGCGCGACGGAAGCGAUGCAUGAUGCCUUUCACUGAGCGAAUGGAGGCGGAUGCAGAGUGCAAGUACGCCUACCAGCAGGUCAUGGACAUGCGACAGAAUGAGUACCAGCGCCAGGCCCUAGACAAGCUGGUUGCGGCAAUGCGGCCAGCGCCCGAGCUGAAGGAGCCUAAAGUCGUGAAGCACGAUAGGCGGUCGUUAUAUCAUGGCCAUGCCAAGGCGUCGUCGUGA